UGACUACAUAAAAAAUUUCCUAUACUUGCGAUCCCUUUUUUAUCGGUAUACUCUCAUAUCUCAAGUGCUCUUCAGAUUCUCUUUUUAAACACGAUCGAAAUCAAUAGUUCCAUCACUGUGUCAUUGGUGAACAUGCGGAUCAUAGUACUGUUCAGCUUAUUUGCACUCAGCGUGGCUGAUGAUGCUGGCCUCAACACCAGACGCUUUCCGCCCAACUUCAAAUUCGGUGCGGCAAAUGCAGCUCCUCAAAUUGAGGGUGCAUGGAAUCUAGAAGGCAAAGGAGAAACGAUCUGGGAUCACUUCGCACAUACUUACCCAGAGAGGAUAGUAGACAGAUCCACCCCUGAUGUAGCUUGCGAUUCUUAUCAUAAAUACAAGGAAGAUGUCGCCUUGGUGAAGAAAAUGGGACUGGAUAUCUAUAGACUAUCCAUAGCCUGGUCCAGAAUAUUACCUACUGGGUACACAGACCAAGUUAACAGUCUGGGAGUUAAGUACUACAAGAACCUAUUCAAAGAACUGAAGGCGAACCAUAUCGAGCCUUUGGUGACCCUGUACCAUUGGGAUUUGCCCCAACCUCUACAAGAUUCUCUGGGAGGUUGGCUGAAUGAAACGGUUGCUGACCUCUUCGCAGAUUAUGCCAGACUAUGCUUCGAGCUCUUCAAUGAUGACGUGACUUCUUGGAUAACCAUCAAUGAGCCCAAACAGGUGUGUUUGGCUGGAUACGGCUCAGGUGCUUUCGCCCCCGGAAUACAAUCGGAUGGUGUUGGAGAUUAUGUUUGUGUGAAGAAUGUCCUGUUGGCUCAUGCAAAGGCGUAUCGUAUUUAUGAUAAGGAAUUCAGGUCGAGGAACAAAGGAAAAGUAUCAAUUGUACUAGACUCGACCUUUUGGGAACCUGGGAGUGACAGCGAAGCUGAUCAAGAAGCCGCUCAGAGAAUAUUGCAAUUCGAUUUGGGCAUUUACGGCCACCCAAUCUUCAUCGGCGACUGGCCAGAAGUAGUGAAAAGCCGCGUUGCGAUGAGAAGUCGUUUGGAAGGAUACUCGCAAUCUCGCCUCCCAGUACUCUCCGCCAAGGAGAUCGAACUCAUCAAAGGCACCCAUGACUACAUAGCCAUCAACCACUAUUCCACCCAGAUGGUCAAUGCCACUGUAGAAGCACCCAUCGGGAGACCCAGCGGAGGGGCAGACCGAAGCGUCCUAGUUUGGAACAGGCCCGAGUGGCAGAAAGGCAGCAGCGAUUGGUUCAACGUCGUGCCAUGGGGUCUUAGGAAACUUCUGAAUUGGUUGAAAAACCAGUAUGGUGACGAAGAAAUUAUAAUUACUGAAAAUGGAUAUGCUGAUACCGAUGCUACAUUAGAAGAUGACAGACGUGUUGGAUAUUAUCAGGGAUAUCUGAGCAGUUGUUUGGAUGCAAUAUACAAAGACAAUGUGAAUUUGACUGCCUAUGUUACUUGGAGUAUCAUAGAUGAUUGGGAAUGGACAGGAGGAUACUCAUCUUUCUUGGGAAUGUAUCGUGUUGACUUCAAUGACCCUGAUAGGCCAAGAAUCAAGAGGAAAUCUGCCGACUAUUUCACUAACGUAGUCAAAAACCGUUGUGUUGUUGACAAAGACCAAUGCACAGAUUCAUAAAGUUGAAAUAAUAAUGAUUGCAAAAGUACUUACUGUCUGAAAUUCAUACUGUGAUGACAAUACUUAUUCUAAUUGAAUAAAAACUAUGUUCAAAUGAGUUAAAUUAAUUACAGAACGCAGUACCAUGUAGACAUGUAAUAUCAGAUGUUAUGGUUGAGAACGAAUUAAUGUUCUCAAUGUUCCUGAA